AUGUUGCGCCGCCGCGCGGGCAAGGACGACGCCCCCUCUCGCGACGAGAACGACAACAAGAAUCGGCCCCGGCUCAAUCGGAUCCAAACAGAAGAGGACAAGCUCCGUGCUGAAUUUGAUGGUGCGAAGGUGAAGCAGCUGGUCAUCCGACCACGAAGUAAACGCCGCAAUGGAUUCAUCUUCGUGUUGGGUGGCCUGUUCGGCAUAUUCAUUGCCUUGUUCUUCGCGAACCAGCAAGAAGUCAUUUCUUUGGAGUCGCUGAUGGACUUGAACCUCGAAUCUUUGAUUGAUGCCAUACCCCAAGGAAUUGUGCGUGAUGCAAAGGCGUUCUCGCAACACGAACGCGAGGCCGUUAGCUACGAUUCAUUCUCCGUCGGCUUACAACUCCAAGCACAAGGAGUCGAAGCGAAACACCCCGUCGUGAUGAUCCCGGGGGUCAUCUCAACCGGUCUUGAAAGCUGGGGAACGGGUGUCAAUUCACGCCAAUACUUCCGCCGCCGACUAUGGGGCAGCUGGAGCAUGAUGCGCGCACUGGUUAUGGAUAAGGCAGAAUGGAAGAAUCAUAUCAUGCUGGAUCGUGAAACGGGUCUCGAUCCACCGGGCAUCAAGCUACGGGCUGCACAGGGUUUCGACGCCACGGACUUCUUCAUUACGGGAUACUGGAUCUGGAAUAAGAUUCUCGAAAACCUGGCGACCAUCGGCUAUGACCCGACCAAUGCAUUCACUGCAGCUUACGACUGGCGGCUAUCGUAUCCCAAUCUUGAAGUCCGGGAUAAGUACUUCAGCCGGCUGAAAUCCUAUAUCGAAACCGCGGUGGAGGGCCAAGGCGAGAAGAUUACGCUGGCCUCGCACAGUAUGGGCUCGCAGGUCGUGAUGUACUUCUUUAAAUGGGUGGAAAGCGAAGACCACGGCAAGGGUGGCAAGGACUGGGUCAAUAAGCACAUUGACUCGUGGGUCAACAUCAGUGGUUGCAUGCUCGGUGCCGUCAAAGGAUUGACUGCCGUGCUGUCCGGUGAGAUGCGCGAUACAGCACAGCUGAAUGCGUUUGCUGUUUAUGGCUUGGAGAAGUUCCUAUCCAAGGAAGAGCGUGCGGAGAUCUUUCGAGCCAUGCCCGGCAUCUCCAGUAUGCUUCCCAAGGGCGGCGAAGCCGUUUGGGGCAACGCAACGUGGGCCCCAGAUGACCAGGCCGGACAGGAGAUUAGCUUUGGAAAUCUGCUUAAUUUCCGGGAGACCAACUCCUCCUGGACGCGCCGCAACCUUACGACGUCCGAGAGUCUGCAGUACCUGCUGGACCAGAGUGAGGAUUGGUAUCGUAGGCAGGUUCUGGGCAGCUACUCGCACGGUGUAGCUCAUACAACACGCGAAGUUGAGGCGAACGAGAAAGACCCACGGACGUGGUUGAACCCGCUCGAGGCUCGGUUGCCGUAUGCACCUGAUAUGAAGAUCUACUGCUUCUACGGUGUUGGCAAGCCUACAGAGCGGAGCUACUUCUAUCAGGAAGAGCUUGAUCCCUUGGUCAACCUCAACGUUAGCAUUGACACUACCGUGACCAUGAACGGGAAUAUCGACCAUGGGGUGAUGAUGGGCGAGGGCGACGGAACUGUCAACCUGCUCAGCACUGGCUACAUGUGUGCCAAGGGGUGGCGCAUGAAGCGGUAUAACCCAGCGGGCUCGAAGAUCAAGGUCUUCGAGAUGCCCCAUGAACCAGAUCGUUUCUCACCGCGAGGCGGACCAAAUACAGGUGAUCAUGUCGAUAUCCUUGGCCGCGCCUCGCUGAAUGAACUUAUUCUCCGCGUCGCCGGCGGAAAAGGCGACCAGAUCGAAGAAACGUUCGUCUCGAACAUCCGCGAGUAUGCAGAGCGUGUACGGAUUUUUGACGAAGAAUAA